AUGGGCUAUGAAGGAGUGUUCCCUCCUACAUUAAAGAAGUUGUUGCCUCCGUAUUGGCGUUUUCUUGCCCACUCCUUUGUAAUUUGCAUCUCCGGCGGGAAAACAAGUGCUGAUGAAAUUUCCCUACUGAACAUUGGCGCCAUCGCUGUUCUAGUCAUGGAUCUUAAAUUUAAUUUUUCAAGAUUUGUGUUGAAUGAAAUGAAGAACAAUUUACAAGGGAAAAGGAAGGACAAUUUUUUAAUGUAUCCAAGGUUUCUUCAGAUGAUCUUUGACAGUCAAUAUCCGGAUUUAGAAAGGAGAGGUGAUGUCACACCUCGCUAA